AGGUAGCGAACGCUGUUAACAAGAAUAAUUUAUCAGAGUAAAUAGAUGCAUUUGACCUGGAUCAUUUUAGCGUUGUUUAAAGCGUCAAUAUCUUUAUAUCACUGGUAGUUUCAGACGUCAUAUCCCCUUCGAUUGGUGUGUUGCUGUCAACUUAUAUCGUCGUUCGAAAAGUGCGAGAUUGUUAGGAGCUGUUCCACUAGAUGUGGAUGACGCACGUGGCAUAUAAUGCCUGAAUGGUUAUAUCUGAAAGAAGAAAUGAUCAAAUGUGUAAUAUAUUUCCAAUCAAAUUACUGUUACUUCCUUUAGUUUGCUCGUUAUUUUUAAUAGAACCUAUUGUACUAUUUCACAACCAUCCGAAGCAUCUAUAAAACAUAAUAGCUAUUAGAUUUGAUGGUUGGUUAGUGGAAUUCUUGUUGGGACUGUUUCACCGAAAAAUGAGCGACAUUGCAGGCGGCGAAUAUCUCCUUACUCGUCGGCAUUCUACUUCUCACCUUGAGCCCCAGAUCGGCAGCGUUGCUUGGGAUAUAUCGCCUUCUCUAGAAGAGCCCCCUAACAGGUUUGUUAGAAGAAAGUCGGUUUUCGCUGAGCAGUAUGAUCCAGCAGAAGAUGAAGAUGAUGAUAAUGAAAAGGCCGUAUAUCCCAAGACAGAAGAACAGAGACAGAGACUGGAGGAAUCAGUUCAAAAUAUCUUGUUGUUUAGGUCCUUGGACGAGCAACAAAUGCGGAAAGUUCUGGAUGCCAUGUUUGAGAAAAAAGUUGAACCAGGGCAAGUGGUAAUCAAACAAGGCGAUGACGGGGAUUAUUUCUACGUCAUACAAAAUGGCAUUUACAGCAUAUACGUUUCUACGGAAGAAGAGAAUCGCAAGAUGAUCGGAACGUAUGAAAACUCGGGCAGUUUUGGGGAGCUUGCUCUCAUGUACAACAUGCCAAGAGCUGCCACAAUAGAGGCGAUAACCCCAGGAUCUCUCUGGGCAAUGAGCCGACAAGUGUUCAGAAAGAUAGUCCUGAAGAGUGCCUUCAAAAAGAGAAAGGAAUACGAAACACUCCUUGAAAAGGUGCCAAUGCUAGAGUCCUUAGAGCCAUAUGAAAGAAUGAAUCUCUGUGAUGCUUUGAUGCCAAAAACAUACCAAGAUGGAGAACUUAUUAUCAGACAAGGUGAUGUGGCUGACGGGAUGUAUUUUGUGGAGGAAGGGAUGGUUCGAAUCGUCAUGCAGUCAGACUCAGACGAAGAGAAAGAGCUGUUACGUUUAACUAAAGGACAAUAUUUUGGAGAGCUUGCCCUUGUUACCCACAAGCCUCGAGCAGCAUCCGCUUUCGCAAUAGGAAGUGUUCGAUUAGCUUUUCUGGAUGUUCUAGCCUUCGAGAGGCUGCUCGGACCCUGUAUGGAUAUCAUAAAACGAAACAUUGAUCAAUACGAAGAACAACUUAUUAAUGUGUUUGGAUCGAAAAAUGAUAUCAGCGACCUGCGGUGAGCUGUCUUCAACGGGGAAUGAUGAACUCUCCUCUUCUUCCUUGCUCCUUGCUCCUACAUUCUUCUCAUCUUUACUGAACUGUAAAGACGGGCUUUGUUAAACCUGAUGCUAUACUGUUAGGUGUUUGGUGUAUUGCUCAGAAUAGUCGUAAUUUGUCGCUCAUUUUUAUGUUACACUUUCCACACGCACAGUAAUAAGAAGAUGAAGGUUAGUGUAGGAAGAUUUGGUUAAGCGUCUGCAGUGAAUAUAAAUAUAGAUUUAUUACUCCUUUUUAAGCAUUCACUUUAUAUAUAUUUUACGUUUGUACUUUCCUCUGCCAUCAAUCAGGUAUUUGUUAUGCACAUUGUUCACUGGACGUUUCUUAAAUUUGUAUUUACUAAUUAAUUUUAUAGGUAAACUGUGUAUUCACAGGAUAAGAGUUUAGUUCAGAUUUGCUAAAUGUCGACAAACCUAUAGUUCUGUGUUAAUACAUAUGAAGCUGUGUAAACCUUAUUUCGUUUUAGACCCCUCGAAGUAACUGAUCCACUUUACUGUUUCCCUACACGAGUUUCAAAUCCGUUACUUCUGUUUAAUAUCAGGUAGAAUGACUUACUUAAUACUGAAGUCUAUGAAUAAGGUCAACUCUCUAUCACCUGGCUAGUCUGUAAGUUUAUUUAAUAUCACUUGAAGUAAUUAAGAAGUAGGUCAGAGCAGCGUCUUUUAAAAUGUAAAGACGUUUCACCGAUGUUAGGAUUUAAAGAAAUGAAAACAGAAGUCAUCACAACAUUCCAGUCCUAAGUCUACUUAAUUUAAGAAAUAUUCCAUAAUCACUAUUUAUAGCUAAUCCCACUGAAUAAAGUGUAUUACAACACAUCAAUCCUAAAUGUAAUUAACCUCGGGAAAGAAAAACCUUAUAACUACAUUAUUUUUUAUUGGAACCUCAUUAAAUAGAAUACAACAAAAAAGCAACCUUAAAUUCAUCUAAUGUUGGAAAAUAAACACCUCGUAACUAACUAUUUAUAUUGGAACCCCACUAAAGAGGAUACGUAAAAAUCACAUCAAUCCUAAACUAAUUUACGAAAAUAAGUACCCCUUAUAUAAUUACUACUUCUAGCAGAUCUUCCCUGAAGAGCAAAACAUCACAACAGAAACGAACCACAACACACCAAUCUUGCGUCAAUUUGAUUAAAAAAAAAAAAAAAACAAAACACGCGUAACACAGAAACAUUAAUGUAAUCUGAAUAAGGAGAAAAAUACACCUAUCGUUCAAACUGUAACAUUGAAAAAAAGUAUUAAAAGACUUGAAACAAAACCCUUCUCAAUAACAUGAAUAGACGAAUACAGACCAAGUGCCUCAGAACCCGAAGAUGAGACACACACACACUUCAGAAAUAGAUAAGGAUAACACAAUAACUCAACAUAAAACAUCUAUGUGAACUUACAAGAUAAGUAACAUAAAGCAUCUUCAAUAACAAUAAUUACAAUAUUCUGACAUCCAUGAAAUACAAGAAAUAAAAAUGCGAGCCGUACUAAACAAUAACUUUAAGCUAAUUUUUGUUAAAUGACAAAAAUAAGAACACGAGACUUGACAAACAACAGUUCCCUGGUUAAUUAAUAUUAUUAUCAACGUCAAAUUAAUAUGCGUCAAAAUUAUAAUAUUCAGAAUCCUAACUUGUUACAUACUAACACAGAUAUAUUAACAACAGACAACAGAACCUAUCAGCUAGCGCCAACUGUCCGUAAUAAGGUGAUAUACAUUAAUCCAAAAUUUUAUGUUCAAUUAAUAUAUUCAAAAAACAUUCGGAAACCAGGAGAGCUCACUGUUAUUCACCAAGGAAUAUUCUUAUUUACAUUAUCAAUUUUUUAUAAUUUUUUUUUUGAAAAAUGAGACUAGAAGUGUUCCACUAACUUCAUUUUUUCUUGUUAUAUUUUUGUGUUAGAUCCAUUAAUGACUGCUAUGAAUCUGUCAGAAAAUAAUCUAUUUAAUGCAUGUUGUAAAGCUGUUAGCAAGCGUUUAUUGACGCAUAUUUUGAAUUAGACAGUAAAUGAUAUAUUGACGUCCGUUUUGAGCUUUUCAGAAAAUGAUGUAUUUGUUUUUGUUCCAAACUGGGCACUGUAGGAUUUGUUGUCAUUUGACAUUAUUUUCUUGUCAUCAACCCGAAGUUCUGUUGUGUUAUUAUAGUAGUAUGCGAAGUGGAUUAGAUCAUUACACACAAAUAUUGUUUUGUGUUCAGUAGUCAGACUUAGGUAUUAGACUGCCCCAUGUGACUCGUUUUCUAUGUAGUUAUCAAGAGUGUCUAUUACACUUCGUUAACAUUUUUAAUUUUAUUUGUUUCUUGUUAAGCACAAAGUUACACAAUGAACUAUCUGUGUUGUGUCCACCACGGGUAUCGAAACCCAAUUUCUAGCGUUAUAAGCCCUUUAACUUACCGCUGAGCCACUUGGGGUGGGUAGCAUUUUGAAGGUUGGAGUAUUAUAGCGUCGGUAUGUCUUGUACAGAACACCACGAUUUUAAACUUUUCAUACAACAACGCCAAAAAAAUAAGUAAAUAAAUAAAAGCGUCUCACGUGUGAGACAUACAAAUAAAGCUCAAGCACAGAUUACAACAUGGCACCUGCAAAAUAUAUGAAACAAUGUAAUAUUGAUAUGAACUGAAAAACACUUGUUAUUAUCCCAUUGUUUCAGGAAAAACGACUUUUAUCAGGUGCUUUAAAGCCGAAAAAAAGUGGACUAAAUAAGGUUAUCAGACGUGUUACUCUGAUUUAGUCUAUUUCAGAGCGGUUACAGUGUAACUCCGUAUGAAAAACUUAAAGAUAUCGUAGUUUUUAACUCUGGAAAUUUGGUAACCCUAGGAAUGAACUGAAAGUUCUAUUCCGUUAUAUCAAAAUAAUACAUUGAUAUUAGAAUACAUGUUUAAAGAAAAAGUGGAAACUCAAGUUAUAAUAAUUGGUAUUGUUCUGUCCGAAACGUCAUGUCAAUGAAAAAUGUUUCCGGAUCAUUUUGUCUAUGUCAUUAUUACUUACCAAGCUGCUUUUUUCAAUAUUAUUUUACUGUUACCCUCUCAACGGUAAAACGUAACCUAUUAAGAUAGCCAGUUUUCUGAAGGGAUAAAAUACACUAUCUAUCAGAUUGAAUUUUUAUUUGCAAGCUUUACAGGUUAGAAGAAGAAAAACUUUAAGAAAAUGGUAUAUGGGAACUCAAGUCCACAUUCUCCGGCAUCCAAAAUAUGUUGCUUUAAAUGAAUCAUAAUAAUAUAAAGAAAUAUAUGUCGUAGCCUUGGGUUACCAGUAUCUGCUCUUAAUGUUUAUAUUCUAGGCUUACGAAUAGAGGUUAAACCCUACAGCGUAUCCAUACUUGGUUGAACAGUGAUUAUAGAGUGCCGGACUGUGGAUCUGCAGGUCUAACGUUCGUUUCCCGUUACAAAUGACAAUAUAAAAAACAUGCUCCGCAGUUUGGGGCUGUUAUAGCAUGAUAAAAGUGACGAUCCAAUCCCACUCUUUAGUCACGCAAGAGUAGCUAACGAGUUUGCAGAGGGUGUUGUUGACUUAACUACUUUUCAUCUAACCUAUCGAUCAAGAAUUAUAAUCGGCUAGCGCAGAAAGCCCUUGAGUAUCUUUACAGCGAAUAUCCGAAACAAAAAAACAAGUAUCCUGACUUCUGUGUGGGUCCUACAUUCGUAGCUACCGCUGUUACAAAGGUAUAUUUUAACCCUUACCACAUUGUAGUUUUGAUCCUAUUAUUUCACUUGGCUAUCUUUUGAUAUUUUUGUUGUGUGUAAAGAUGUUUUAGAAUGAUGUGACAGGUAAACAGACGCCGUUAUUACGUUGUCUUAUCUACAAAUUUUUAAAUCAGCGUAACUGUUAUUUACUAUAAGAUUCACAAGAGACAGGGGAAUCUCAAACGUAACGUCCCCUGUUUGAAUAUUGCUAAUCAUAGUAAAGUAAUAGCGUAUUGUGAGUCUAAGGUAAUAAUGUUAUAAGAUAUCUUAGAUCAAGCGAUUUGAAGUGUCAAGUAAAAAACUUCAAAACAUUUUUUUCGUUUCAAAUCAUAUUUUCCAAUAAGUUGGAGUUAUACGACUGUUUAAGUCAAAUGUUCAUUAAUAAUACAAUAAUAACGAGUAAACAGAUAUGUCAUAGUUGUCGGAAGUUUAUUGUAAAUGAAUGGUUGGUGUUAAAAAUAUGUACUUAAUAACCAAUGUUGAAAAUUAAAAUAUUGUUCAAUUUAGUGAAAAA